GAAAUCUGAAUAAUUUUGUUGAGAUAUUGUUACAUUAACUUAAGAAUAACAAUACUGAUUAGAAUGUGAUAAAAAUUCAAGUAUUUUUAAUGAACAAAUCAAGCUAUAAUUUAGUGCAUAAUGGAUCUUAAGUAGAAAAGAUACUUUAUAAUGCAAACUUGCAAAUGAAAUGAUAAUUUAUGGAAUAUAUUGGGCAUUUUAAUAACAUUGGAAGAUAAGUUACCAUCAAAAAGGUUUGGAAGACAUUAAAUUGUGGUAAUUUUUCUCAUAAAAAAGCAGUGUGACUUAAUGAAAAAUAUUUGUGAUUUACUUGUGUCUAAAGAGAAGCAUUUGUGAUUUUCUUGUUAAAAUAAAAAAUCUACGCUAUAUUGAAUAAUAAUUGUGAUUUUUUUUCAAUUGGAUAUACCCUGGUAGUUAAGCAACAAGAAUGUCCGCUAAAACAAAGCAAACUAAUUCAGCAAAAACCCACCAUACAACAAGCAAUGUCACAAUUAAAGAGCUGCUUUCCAAGAACACCCACUCGGACGAUGUGGAUCUUGAUGUGUCGUACGAGGACGAACCUCACAAGAGAACGCCCAUUGAAGUUGUGGAUGCUGUGAAGAUGAAUCAGCUACAGAACCUGCUCCACGAUGCCCUGAUUUCCACGGAGCAUGUUCAGCAGUGUGCCAUCGUUCACAGGAAGGAUUGCUCUGUGAGGGCUAGCUCUGUGGGGUUUAAUCUGUACCAUGAUCAGGUCCAAAUUCUAUUGGACUCCUUCAAGAACCCGCCACAGACCCGGGAGGAGGGUAUCUACUUUGACGACCGCCAGUUUAAAUGUGUUCGUGCUGACAAAACUUCCAUAUAUGGCAAAUGUGAGAACCGAGGCCUCAUUCUGGUGAAGACGCUAACACUGCUUGUCAUUGCCACCUACAGCGACUCCAUGUAUCCCAGUGUGUGUGUGGAGGCUGUCGAAAAACUUGCUGACUACUUCAAAGAGAAAGGAAAAUGAGAAUUCAGGACUUCAACAAUGGAAACUGCAGGUGUCAAUUGUGCCAAGGAUAUUCAUUCAUUUUGUUGAUCUAGUAAUAAGCAAAUAAGUUACACACAUUUUUAAAUGAACUGUGAAGUUUUAAGCUUCAGCUUUAAAAUGGAAAUUUCUUAUUAAUUUAGCAUUUGUUUACCUUUUCAAGCUAAGCAUGUGAAAGCUAAAAGGCAAAUGAAGAAAUAUGUUUGCAGUGUUCCUAAUUUGAUAAAACUUAAGUCUUAAAAUGUUUUAACAUAAAAAUAAAUGACUUCAUCAGUGAAUUAUAUGUAUAUGUAAUAAUAUAUAUGAAAAUAUGGAUAUUGCUGAAAUGACUAGACCGUGUAUAGAACAAAGUUUUCUCAACAUGAUGAUAGCGUUACAUUCUGUUAUACAUACACACAAUUGCAAGUCCCAUAGUUUCUCAAGCAUUUAGUAUUCCAUUAUCUAUUUGUUUUCCUAUGAAUUCAUGUUUUGUCUUUAUACAGUUUUAACCUUUAUACCAGGUUGAACAUUAGUUAUGCUUUUGUUACUUUGUGUUGUGAAUGUUUAAAUCCGUCCAUGAAUAAAGAUAUCUACAUUAUUAUUACA